UCCUUCUCUUCUUCCGUGAUAAAACAAUUUUGGGGUUUUGUCUGCGACGCAAAACCCUCCUGUUAGGGUUUCUUUUUUGGCGGCUUCGGAGCCAGAGGAUUCCAACAAGCCUCCUCUGCUUCCGGCCACCCUACUUUCCCAACGUCCGUGGCCGAUUCCAAGCGGGUUUUUGCUUGGAUUAAAGAUGGGCAAUGGUCCAGCUCCGUUUUUUGAUAUUGGGAAGAGAGCAAGAGAUUUUGUUCUUCCCCUUUAGAUGAACUGGUUUACUUUGCAUAAUGGCAUUUCAGAUCUUUUGACAAAAGAUUACAACUUUGAUCAGAAGUUCACUUUGAUAACAUCAAGUGAUGCUGGAUUGGGGCUUAUGGCUACAGGUGUGAAGAUAGAUCAGCUAUUUAUUGGCGAUAUUAGCACACAAUAUAAAAGUGGAAAAACAACUGUUGAUGUUAAAGUUGAUACCAAUUCCAAUGUCUCAAGUACAGUUUCUGUUACCGAAUUAGUUGCUGGUGUCAAGACUUCAUUCAGCUUCAAAAUACCUGAUCAAAAGUCCAGCAAGCUUGAUGUACAGUACCUUCAUGACCAUGCAGCAAUUAAUUCUAGCAUUGGUUUAACACCUACACCUUUGCUGGAGUUGGCAGCAGCAGUUGGCAGCAAAGAACUUGCUCUUGGUGUGGAGGUUGGGUUUGAUAGUGCUUCUGCAUCUGUCACCAAAUACAAUGCCGGGAUUGGCUUUAACAAGCAUGAUUUCUCUGCUGCCCUGAUAUUGGCCGACAAAGGAGAGACCUUAAAAGCUUCUUAUGUUCAUGUGGUGAAUCCGAUCACUGGAGCAGCAGUGGCUGCUGAAAUAGUCCACAGGUUCAACACAUAUGAGAAUACUUUCACCAUUGGAAGCUGUCAUUCUCUUGAUCCCCUAACGACCCUGAAGACACGGUUUAACAACAGCGGCAAGGCUGCGGUCGUCUGUCAGCAUGAAUGGAGGCCAAAAUCCUUGAUUACUCUUUCGGCUGAGUAUGAUCCCAAAGCAAUAAGUGCACCAUCAAGAGUGGGUCUUGCACUUGCUCUCAAACCUUGACUGAGUGAGCUCUCCUAACGCGGAUGAACAUGUUUUAUGUUUAAUAUCAUGAUGAUUUUUUUUAAAACCAAAGCUUGCCUUUGGGUCAUAUCUAAGGAAAUGGAUAUAUUUUCGGAAUAUGUUCAGAAACAAGUGGCUGAGAGUCCAUACUCAAUUUUGAUGCAAAUUCAUCAUAAUGGUACAAGUUCAUAUAACAUUAAUUUAUUGUUAUUAUUAUUA